CAAUUUUGUAUGUGUGGCAACGUGGUUGGUUGUAGUUGUGACUAAUAUAACCUAAAUUUAUUUUCUUUAUGUCUGGUACACUUUCCCUUAUUAAUAAAUUACACUUGAAUGUCGGAAAGUGAUACUGACUUUGAAUUGUCUACUGAAAGUACGAGACUGAUGGACGGUCACGUUGCAACGAGCGGUGGCGGAGGUGAUUGCAAUGGAACUGUUGACAAUUCUCGAAAGCGCAAAUCAAAACAACCUUACACUGAUGGUGAAGGAUACAAUGUAAAUGCUGCAGUACCUGAUGUUCAAAUAGCGGGGCAUUCAGCGCAUCAGAAUGAGGGAGGUGCCUCACAGGCAAAUCGAGAGUGGCGUGAUGAUGAGGAGGAACUUAAGUAUGGUGCCAAACACGUUAUAAAGCUGUUUGCACCAGUUUCGCUGUGUAUGCUGGUGGUCGUGGCGACUAUCAGCAAUGUGAAUUUUUAUUCAGUGAAAGAUGUCUUUCUUGUGUAUACCCCAUUCCAUGAAAAAAGUCCAGACGUUAGCACCAAAGUAUGGAAUGCAGUGGCUAAUUCGUUAAUUUUAAUGGCAGUCAUAGUUGUUAUGACAAUAUUGUUAAUUGUGUUGUAUAAGUACCGCUGCUAUAAGAUUAUACAUGGUUGGUUAAUAGUUUCGUCCCUUAUGCUGCUAUCAAUUUUCUCCUAUUUAUAUCUGGAGGAAGUACUACGGGCGUACGACAUACCAAUGGAUUAUCCAACACUUUUGUUAUUAAUGUGGAAUUUUGGUGUUGUGGGGAUGGUGUGCAUACACUGGCAAGGUCCACUGCUAUUACAGCAGGCUUAUCUGAUUUUUGUGGCAGCUUUAAUGGCUUUAGUAUUUAUAAAGUAUAUGCCCGAGUGGACAACCUGGGCGGUACUUGCGGUUAUUUCAAUUUGGGAUCUUAUUGCCGUUUUAAUGCCGAGAGGACCUUUGCGAAUUCUUGUAGAAACUGCACAAGAAAGAAAUGAACAAAUUUUCCCUGCUCUUAUCUAUUCAUCGACUUACAUGUAUACUUAUGUUGCAACUGCAAGUGACACUGAAGUAGACGCCCCCAGUUCUAUGCAGACAGCCACUAAUUCAACUGAAACUGACAACGGAUUCACUGAAGAGUGGGUGCAAACACACGCAUCACGUGCAGAUUCGCGACAAGUCGAUGUACCUCAAGCAGCCAAUACUUCUACCGUACAAACGGUCGCCACUGCAGUGGAGGAAGAACGUGGAGUCAAGCUUGGUCUAGGCGACUUCAUUUUCUAUAGUGUGCUGGUAGGAAAAGCUUCUUCCUAUGGCGAUUGGAACACAACAUUAGCAUGCUUUGUAGCAAUUCUAAUUGGAUUGUGUUUAACUCUCCUACUUCUGGCCAUCUUUAAGAAAGCAUUGCCAGCUCUUCCAAUUUCGAUUACAUUUGGACUAAUCUUUUAUUUUGCCACAAAAGAAAUUGUCAGUCCGUUUGCUGAUGUUUUGGCGAUCGAACAAGUAUUCAUAUAACUUAUUUGUUUAUUUUAUUUUUAACUAAUAAAGUAAAGCUAAUAUUUAUUUACAA